UUGUAUCAGAUUGCCAGAUCACAAAGAUCUGAUAAGGCAAAGUUAUCAAAUUCAUUGAUUGUAGGUGGCCACCUGGUGAUAGGGACCACAGGGUCUGAGAAAGGACAAAAGACGACCUUUAGUGGGAGCUCCCAACCCAGAACCACAUGAAAUCAAAAAGCCCGCACGAACUAGGAAAGAAAACACAACCUGCCACGCGUGCGAUCACCUAUCUCCCUGGCCAGGAAAGUAACUCCAAACCGCCAAUCACCGGCGACGCUGGACGUAGACGUCUUACGCAGUGACAUUAAAGCAAGAUGGCCGCGCCCUGCAGAUUUUCUCUCGUUGCGUAAGGUUUUUUGACCGUCACUCGUGUCAGCUUCAAAGUCAGAUAGAUUUUCUCCCAGCAUGUUCUACUUCCGAGGCUGUGGCCGUUGGGUCGCGGCUUCCUUCACAAAGCAGCAGUUUCCGUUGGCACGGUUGAGCAGUGACAGCGCGGCACCCCGGACUCCGCAUUUCGACGUGAUAGUCGUUGGUGGAGGACAUGCUGGGACUGAGGCAGCCACCGCCGCGGCUCGGUGCGGCUCUCGGACUCUGCUUCUCACUCACCGCUUGGACACGAUCGGUCAGAUGUCAUGUAAUCCUUCCUUUGGUGGCAUCGGAAAGGGACAUUUAAUGAGGGAAGUAGAUGCCUUGGAUGGCCUGUGUUCUCGCAUCUGUGACCAGUCUGGUAUACAUUAUAAAGUUUUAAACCGGCGUAAGGGACCAGCUGUAUGGGGUCUGAGAGCUCAGAUUGAUAGGAAACUCUAUAAACAGAACAUGCAGAAAGAAAUCUUGAAUACACCACUGCUUACUGUUCAGGAGGGAGCUGUAGAAGAUCUUAUUCUUACAGAACCAGAGCCUGAACACACUGGGAAAUGCCGUGUCAGUGGGGUUGUUUUGGUGGAUGGAAGCACAGUAUAUGCAGAGAGUGUGAUUCUGACUACUGGGACAUUUCUGAGAGGCAUGAUUGUAAUUGGAUUGGAGAUGCAUCCAGCAGGACGUUUAGGGGAUCACCCUUCCGUAGGAUUGGCUCAGACGCUGGAGAAGUUAGGGUUUGUGGUGGGAAGGUUGAAGACUGGGACUCCACCCCGAAUUGCCAAAGACUCCAUUAAUUUCAGUAUUCUAAACAAGCAGACACCGGACAAUCCAUCCGUACCAUUCAGCUUUACCAAUGAGACAGUAUGGAUUAAGCCAGAAGAUCAGCUGCCAUGUUACUUGACUCACACCAACCCUAGAGUGGAUGAGAUUGUCCUUAAGAACCUUCACCUUAAUAGUCAUGUUAAGGAAACAACAAGAGGACCUCGAUACUGUCCUUCCAUUGAAUCAAAAGUUUUGCGUUUUCCAAACCGUCUACAUCAGGUUUGGUUGGAACCUGAAGGAAUGGAUUCUGACCUUAUCUACCCACAGGGGUUAUCUAUGACGCUACCAGCUGAGUUACAAGAGAAAAUGAUCACAUGUAUCAGAGGCUUGGAGAAAGCUAAAGUGAUUCAGCCAGGCUAUGGUGUUCAGUAUGAUUACUUAGACCCCCGUCAGAUCACUCCUUCCCUGGAGACUCACUUGGUUCAACGACUCUUCUUUGCUGGACAGAUCAAUGGCACCACUGGUUAUGAAGAAGCUGCAGCUCAAAUCUUAGAUACAACCCAUACUAAUAGAAGACAAUUUCUGUUUCGGGGUGUUUGGAGAUGGCUUUUAUUUGGCAUUAUUUCAAAGAAUCUUUUUCUUGAUCUGCCUCAUAUGACAUGGAUCCUUACGUUAAUGAAACUUUCGUAUAUUUGCAGAGCUCUCGAUGUUCUGAAGUAUGAGGAAGUUGACAUGGAUUCAUUAGCCAAGGCUGUUCCAGAGCCCUUGAAGAAGUAUACUAAAUGUAGAGAGCUGGCUGAAAGACUGAAAAUAGAAGCCACUUAUGAAUCAGUGUUGUUCCAUCAGCUACAAGAAAUAAAGGGAGUUCAGCAAGAUGAAGCUCUCCAACUGCCAAAAGACAUAGAUUAUUUGACUAUCAGGGAUGUGUCUUUGUCCCAUGAAGUUCGAGAGAAACUACAUUUUAGUCGUCCGCAGACGAUCGGGGCUGCUAGUCGUAUACCUGGAGUAACACCUGCUGCCAUCAUCAAUCUGCUGAGAUUUGUGAAGACCACUCAACAAAGACAGGCAGCUAUGAAUGAAUCACCCAAGACUGAUCAAUGCUUACGUGAUGCAGAUAGACUUCAAGAGAGACAGUUAUAGCUUUCAAUUCAUAAAAGAUUUUUAAAGAGCAUGUAAAUAAUUUGAUCAAUAUACGAGAGUAUAGAUAAAAUAAUUAUUUAGCACAUGUUAAAAUAGCUUUAUUAGGUUACUGUGGGUUUGCCAUUAAUUUACGAAUGGAAUAGAAAUUAAAAUUGUGCUUUUUUGUGUAUAUGAAAAAA